GUAACUUAGUUUAUAUUCUUAAUAUAGAUUUAAAAAAUCUAUAUUUAUUAACUUCCUUGUAAAUCUAGUUGGCGGAGUUUAUUAUGAUUGACAUCACAAAAUACUUAGAUCCAACAAGAUAGAAACAUUUCUAUUUUUUUCAAAAUAGAAAUAGGCUUAAGUUUUAUCUUUCACUCUCGAAUAAACAUGACUUCAUUUGUAUUUUUUUAUUUAUAUCUAUAUAAUUAUGACAUAGACAUGGAAUUCCUGUACAUUUAGUUUCUGUUUCGGUAUAUCUAAUAGGAUCAGAGGUGUUUUCAAUAGAAAUCUUUGACAAUAUGUAAUUACUCAGCAGAUGGGAAGAGUGACAGUUUCUAGCAACACUGAUACAAAGAAAAGUAACACUAUGUAAUCACUGUAAGAGCAGUAUUGAUGACUAGCAAAGGGUAGAUUGACAAUUUUUAGCAACAUGGCUGCAAGGGUCUAAUACUACUGGGAAGAUGGGGAAUCUGUUUAGUAGAUGUGUGCACAAUGAAAGUACAGCUCAACGUCAAAAUACAUAUAAGAGGAACAGCAUUGGAAAAGACGACAGUAAACCAAGAAAACCCAAACAUGGACGAAAUGACUGCAGAGAAAACGUUACUAUUACUACCAGCGUAGAAAUAAAGAACUUCAGUUUUUCUAUCGGGAAAAACGCACAAAAUGUAACGAUCAACAAACUUAAUGUCAUUGAAGGUAAACGGUCAAAGAAGUCUAAAACAAAACGAUCCACGAAUGUUUCAGGUGAACGGAAAGACAUAUUUACAACAGGAUACAAAACACCAUACACGGAAGAAAAUAAACAACAAGCCUCCGAUUCUAGAUCGACAGGAAAUUUUAUAGAUGUAAGAAAUGUAAAACUAAAAGAAUUUAUGUACAAACACGAAGAUUUGGGAAAGUGUUCCGACAGUGUUUGUCAAAUACGGUUCCCUGACGGUACUGGUACGGGAUUUAGGGUAGGCAGCAAGUACAUAAUGACGGCCCUCCACGUUGUGAAAGGAAUUAUUGAUGCCAGUUAUCAAAGUGUUGAAUCCGACCAAAAUCGACUGAACGCAUUACAAGAUGGCAACGUGUAUUGUAUAUUCAAACAUUUGAAAAGGCCCGGAGGAAACGAAAGGCGUUUUUCCUUUAAACCAGAAGUACUCUUUCGCAAUGAGGAGACAGACACAGCUGUGUUGGAGCUAGCGGAACAUUCUGAGGGAAGCCCUUUUCCACCACCAUUUGAACGCUUUGGUUUUCCAAAUUUUAGCGAUUCUUUUUACCUAAUAGGUCAUGAAGGAGGGGUUAUGAAGACUAAUAAUGUUGACAAAAUCAUCGAUAGGUCACACCCUACAACAUUAGAGGACAUCACAUGGGUAUUAUCAUUGAAUAAUGAACAUACAGAUCAAAACUAUGAGUUUCCUCCACAUAGCACACUCUCGAACGAAAAUAGAAUUUUGUUUCAUUGCCGUUUUAGUAAGGGCGCAUCUGGUAGUCCUGGGGUGCUUAUUAUGGAAAAUGGAAAUAUUGUAGUGGUUACACUUCUGUUAUGUGGUUAUCCAAACUGGCGCUAUAAUGAAGAUACUGAUGAUCAGAUGAGAUCAAACUGGCCGAAUGAAUACUGCAUUGAACAAGGAGCUGAUAUGAUAAAAGUUGGAAAUUUUAUGCGUGAAGAAAAUGAUCAGUUAUAUCAAGACAUAUUUUGCAGACAACUUCCUUCACCUGCUCUAUAAUUAUAGUCAAGCGCAUUAUACGGUAUCAAUCAUGCAAUAAACACUAGAUAUCCAUUAAUGACUACGAUAUGCAAUAAACACAAAUAAGUAAUCAUGAUGCAGAGACCUUCUAUUUACAUGAACAAUGAAAUAAUUUAAAUUUGGAAGACGACGGAGAUUAACAACUGUUAUCUAAAUUCUUAUAUUUACCUUUUACAAAAUAAUGGUAGCUUUAGUAAUGUGACUUCAUCAAAAUCAUUCAUUAACUUGUCCAAGUUGAAAAAAAAUGGGUUAGUAAAUUGCUAGGGUAAAGAUAUUUACUUAUAUUUACGUAAUUAAGUAUCUUUGAUUAUGUACUCGUACAUUUAAGUAAGUAAGUAGUGGAAUUUAUCACUAAUAUUUUAAUAAGGACAUAAAGAAAUGAACCAACUUUUGCUUUCAAUAUUUAAAGUUCCUGUAUGUUGUAAUCAAGGAUGUAAAAACAUUUAAGUGAAAUUUUGUAGAUGUAUAUAAUUACCAAUUUCUAAACGUCCAAAUACAUUUGUAAAUGUUAAAAAGGAUUGCAGUAUCUUUCAAAAUAAACCUAUUAUGAUAUUGUGCUAGUCUGGAAUUUGUCAUUGGCAUUUAACGAGGAAGCAAUUGCUUUCCCUUUUUUCAGACACCUUUUACGAAAACUUUUGUUCAACUUUUGUUACACAUUCGUGCAUGAAUACUUAACUGAUCUAAGAUAUUUCUUUCUCCCGGAAGCCGGGUCAUUUAUAGAAUAUAAUUUUAUGUACAAAGCCUUUUACAGAGUUAUAAAAUCUCAGGCAAUGAAUGAUGUGAAUAAAAUCUUUGCUAAACUAUUUACAUACAUGUUUCAGUACCAGAAAGGUUAAAACCAACAACUGUUAAGCAUUUUUACCUGCAUCUGUUCUAUAUACAAUAAAUUUGAUAUACAACAGAAGUAAUUGUACAUGUAUUUGCUAUCAAUUCCAUUAAAAAUUGCUGCUGAUAUACCGACGAGUCAUAAGCUUAGAGGUACUUUAUUGGCGUCCGCGCCGAAGCGCGGCGCCUUUUAUGGAAUGAAAUCAGAUUUUGUGAAAGGGCGACAGCAACUUCUCGAGCCUUUUAGGUCGGUCAUAAUAAAAGCCGAUCAUUCCGAUUGGUAUGAGAGUGCUUGAUUAUUAAUUAAGAAUCAAAUGUCGCGAUAUGUUACAAUUAAUAGCGAACUGGAGAAUAUCGCAAUGCAAACAUUUUCAAAUGAAAUAACUUUUUCCGUCAAUAAAUCGCGCUCUUGGGGGUUUUUUAUUUAUCAGUUUGUAGUACACAGUGGGUUAUCAUGGUAUGUUAUUGUUGUACAUGUUUCCUAGAAUGAUCAGUUGAUGACCUAAAUAUUCCGAAAAUCUAUUUAUAGGUAUAUAUCUAUUUAUCACUCCUAUCGGUAACUCCCGGUCUCUCCCGGUCUAUUUUGACCAGGAUUUACUAGUGACCGGCGAAUAGUACCACACGUUUAUUGUCUUUG